AUGGGCUUUCAAUUCUUUUAUCGUCUUCGUUCGAAGGAUAAGGAUAAGGAUAGGUCCAGAGAGAAGGAUAGAGGGAAAGAUCGCCAGAAAGAACAAUUCGAAGACGACCCUCCGCUAUCAGACCCCCGAGUCGUUUUGGCCCGGGUGGGAAUCUACCAUGAAACCUGCAGACAGAAUGGCAACAGCCGCGACUUCAAGGCGAUGCCGCUACCCCCGCCGCGAAGGCCGUUGACGCCUCCCGAUCAAGAGCUGGUCUCGAUCAGAAGCAGGAGCAAUACCCUCACGGCGAUCAACACCUCGAAUAGCAAUUAUUUCGACUUGGAGGAGAGCAACAAAACGCUUCCCCAAAAUCAGAGUCUAUUCUUCUCACGAUUACCUCAAGAGAUCCGCCAGCGGAUCUAUAUCGAGUUAUUUGGCGGCCGAUCGGUUCAUGUGGAAUAUGAUUUUGGAUAUGCGCCGGGCUAUCGUCAGCGAGACAAGAGACCACCCGACCAAUGGCGAUGGUGGCAUCGGGUCUGCGACGAGGGGGAGAACCCGAACCCGGGGGAUUUGUGUCGGACGAACGACCUCGAGGACCCGAAGCGAAUCGGGCGACGGGAGCUAUCACGACAUAAGCUAAAAGGGGUAUCUUGGCUGCGAGUGUGUCGAAAAGGAUACGAAGAAGCGCUUCCCCCUCUAUACAGCACCAACACCUUCUUAAUCUCUUCAUCGGUCAAACUCUGUCGACUGCCGAAAUUGAUUGCGCCGUCGCAUUUGUCGCGCCUGACGUCGCUGGAUGUGCUGCAUGUUGCAAAGGCCACCACUCCGUCGACAAUGACCGAGGUUGAGUGGGAGACCUACCCGACUAUCUUCCGGACCUUGCGAUUAUCAUACAUUGGCCUUCGACGUUUACGCUUGGUCAUCCACAUCCUCAACAAAAGCUGCACUCCGCGGGCCGGAACGGUACCGCGGGAAUUGGAAGAGGCAUGGUUCCGCCCCUGGUCGGAGCUGGCAGCCUCGCGAUCAUGGGAAAAACUGGAAAUCGGCAUCCAAGAUAGUUGGUUUGACGACUUUUCGACCGCUGCGAGACGAUGGGAGAGCAGGAACGGACGUCAGUUGGGGGAUUCAGGGUAUAGUAUGGUGCGUGUGGAUGAUUUUACAACAUGGGAUGGGAAACUGUCAGAAGUGUGGGAUGCAGUUUACUUGUAG